AUGAUCGCCGCGCGGCAGCAGAGCGCGAAAGACGCGGAACCUUCGGGGGAGGAUCCCGAGGUCACAGCGGCAAAGGCGGCGGCGGAAGCGAACCGGCUGGCCAUUUUUAACUCUAUCCGGUUUUCGGGCCAGCCGAGUCCGGGCCAGUUAAAGCCCGAGGAACGCAACGGUAUCGACCGUAGCAGCAAUCUUGGCGGCGGCAUCGGCGAGUCGCGCAUGGCCGGGCCCGAGAAGCGAACCAGCUUAUCCUCGGUAGUGUCGAACGCGGAGGCGGAAGCCGCCGCCGCCGCUGCCGCUGCGGCUAUAGCCGCGGCAGGCACGCCGGGCGGACCCGGGGGAGGGUUUUCCAGGGACGGGCCGUCUCCGCCCGUGUCCAUCCGCCGUCCGCCGUCGCGCGGAGCUAUGAGCUUCGCAAGCAGUUCGGACGGGGAGCCGAGCGCGCAGGUGAUGCCGAGCGUGGCAAGCGAGAUGCUGACGUUGGAUAAUGAUGACGUAGCGGGUGGGGGCCCGGUGGUGGCGGCGCUACAGGCGGCGCACGCGCGGAGGAAGCAGAGUGACCGGAGCUACUUCCAAAAGGCCGAGGAGAUGUACUCUUUACAGGUGGCGGUGGCGCUGCGGCUGAUAGUAGGACGCGGAGAUGGCGGAGGAGACGGAAUGGCGCCCCCUCAGGCGAACCCCAACGACUGCUCUGGGCCAGUCCGCUCAUUGCCACGUAGCCAGGCUGAAGCCACAGCCCUACCGCUUCUGGUGAACGGGUGUCUGAGUUCUGAGGGCCGUAUAGAGGACAGCUUUUACGACAUCUGGGGCAUGCAGCCGUACGUCAAUGGAUGUCUCAGCUACGAGGAUCGUAUCGAGGACGGGUUCUACGACAUUUGGGGCAUGCAGCCGUACGUCUACUCGCUCUGCGUGGACUCCUCCCACCGCGGCCGCAUGCCGCCGCUCGACUCCCUGCGCGCGCUGCACCCGAGCGAGGCGUCGUUUGACGUGGCGCUGAUCAACCGCACCAUUGAUGCGGAGCUGAAGGACCUGGAGGAUGAAGCAGUUAACCUCGCUUAUGCUGCCACCGAGCUCCUCUGGGCGUCGUUUGAUGUGGCGCUGAUCAACCGCACCAUUGAUGCGGAGCUGAAGGACCUGGAGGAUGAAGCAGUUAACCUCGCUUAUGCUGCCACCGAGCUCCUCUGGGCGUCGUUUGACGUGGCGCUGAUCAACCGCACCAUUGAUGCGGAGCUGAAGGACCUGGAGGAUGAAGCACUCCUCUGGGCGUCGUUUGACGUGGCGCUGAUCAACCGCACCAUUGAUGCGGAGCUGAAGGACCUGGAGGAUGAAGCAGUUAACCUCGCUUAUGCUGCCACCGAGCUCCUCUGGGCGUCGUUUGACGUGGCGCUGAUCAACCGCACCAUUGAUGCGGAGCUGAAGGACCUGGAGGAUGAAGCAGUUAACCUCGCUUAUGCUGCCACCGAGCUCCUCUGGGCGUCGUUUGACGUGGCGCUGAUCAACCGCACCAUUGAUGCGGAGCUGAAGGACCUGGAGGAUGAAGCAGUUAACCUCGCUUAUGCUGCCACCGAGCUCCUCUGGGCGUCGUUUGACGUGGCGCUCAUCAACCGCACCAUUGAUGCGGAGCUGAAGGACCUGGAGGAUGAAGCAGUUAACCUCGCUUAUGCUGCCACCGAGGUGCAGACACUCGCGCAGAAGCUGGGCGUGCUGGUGGCGCAUCAUAUGGGAGGCGCGGUGAACUCAGAGCCCAACGAGUUGAUCCCGCGGUUCAGGCAGCGCGGGUGGGAGAUCAAGAGCUACCUCAAGACCAUUGUGCUGCCCAUCGGCCAGCCAGCCAGCUGCCAAGGAGCACACCGAAGCCAUAAUAGCCACUGCGAAAGAGCAGGCGCGGUGAACUCAGAGCCCAACGAGUUGAUCCCGCGGUUCAGGCAGCGGGGGUGGGAGAUCAAGAGCUACCUCAAGACCAUCGUGCUGCCCAUCGGCCAGCUGCCCGUGGGAUCUGCCGCCACCGCGCCCUGCUCUUCAAGGUGUUGGCGGACAGCGCUGGGCAUGCCAUGUCGUAUCCAGAAGGGAUGCAAGUUCUGUGGGAUGGACGAUGGGGCCUCGUGCCUUGUGCUUGCCAGUGACGAGAGGGAAUAUGUCGUGGAUCUGCUGCAGAGGCCAGGCACUCUCCUCACCAUCGAGCCCUCGGCAGAGUCAGCCACCAGCACCGCCACCAACGCCACUUACAUCGCCUCGCCCCUGCGCUGCCCGGAGAUCAAAUCUCUCGCGCUCACGGACCCUGCGGACGGCACGGUGCCGCAAUGGGUGCCGGACUUCAGAAGGCAGCAGCAGGAGCAGGAUGCGGAGGCGAUGGUGGGAUCAAGGCGAAUUUACGCGGGAGGGCCCAAGGACCCGCGGCACGUGGCUGCAUCGCCCAAGGGGGAGAGGCGGCGGAAGGAGCUCAAAGAGGUGGAGGAGGAAGAGGACAGCGAGGAGGAGGAGGAGAAGAAGCCGCAGAAGAAGGCCGGGAAGAAGGGCGGCGGGGAGGAGGACGAGGGGAAGAAGAAGGCGAAAGCACCGAAGCAGGAGGCGGCACCCCCAGCAGACGACGAGGCGGCGGAUGCAGGAGUGGAAUUUAUGGAUGUGCUGAUGGAUGGGCGCAUCAUGGACAUUGGCGAGGCGGAGAUUGACUGGAACGACAUCGAGAUGGGGGAGAGGGUGGGCGCAGGUUCCUUCGGUACGGUGUACCGCGCCGAGUGGGCUGGCUGUGAUGUGGCAGUGAAGGUGCUUAUCAACCAGGACAUGCAGGAGGAGCAGUUGCUUGAGUUCAAACGAGAGGUGGUCAUCAUGCGCCGUCUGCGCCAUCCCAACAUAGUGCUCUUCAUGGGAGCGGUUACCAAGCCGCCCCACCUCUCCAUCCUCACAGAGUUCCUUAGCAGGGGAAGUCUGUUUCGUCUGCUGCAUCGGCCAGGGGCUAAGGAAACUUUGAAGGAGGACCGACGUAUUCGCAUGGCCAUGGAUAUUGCGCGAGGCAUCAACUAUCUGCACCAUUGCACGCCCAUGAUUGUGCAUCGUGAUCUCAAGACUCCCAACCUACUCGUGGACAAAAAUUUCACAGUCAAGGUCUGCGACUUUGGUCUAUCUCGCAACAAGAACAGCACCUUCCUCUCCUCCAAAUCGGGCGCCGGAACGCCCGAGUGGAUGGCGCCUGAGGUGUUGCGAAACGAGCCGUCCAAUGAGAAGUCGGAUGUGUACAGCUUUGGAGUGAUCCUGUGGGAGUUGGUCACGCUGCUGCAGCCAUGGGACGGCAUGAACCCCAUGCAGGCAUGCAGGUCGUCCAUUCUGCUCCAACCUUCCCCACUACCCGCUCUGACUCCUCUCCCUCCAUUUCCCUCCUCUCUCUCCUCUACCCCAGGUGGUGGGAGCAGUGGGGUGGUGGGAGCAGUGGGAUUCCAGAACCAACGCCUCACCGUCCCUCCUGACCUCGACCCGGCUCUCUCCACACUCAUCCUCGACUGCUGGCACAAUCACCCCAGAGACCACCCCAAGUUUGACGAUAUCGUGGUUGCUCUGUGGCGGGCUUGGGUCGACUAUACUAGAAAGCCACACCGCCUUCCCCCGCCCUCUGCCCACACCCUCUGCACACACCCCGUGUCUCCCUUUUCUUGUCUCCCAGUGACCCCAAGGAGCGUCCCAAGCUUGACGACUUCACGUGACCCCAAGGACCGCCCCAAGUUUGAUGAUAUCAUGGUGCGGCUGAAGCCAAUCGCUCAAAGGCAGCGGCCGGGAAGAAUGUGUGCGGCGGUGCUCCUGCUGGUUAAGGAGAAGGCUACAAAAGGGGAUGUAUUAUGA